AUGGCUGCAGCGACAUUAGAUAUCGACUACUUGUCAGGAUAUUUGGGUUUACCGCAACAAAUUCUAGGAUCGGUUUUGGAUGCACCCACGACCGAGCUUGUUCGAUCAGUCCUCGACGCAGUCACAACAAAGGCACGAGAGCAUGAUGAGUUGGCUGCGGACAAACUGAGGGUUGAUAUUGAGCUCGAGAAUGCCGUCCGGAGCUCUGAGACGCGCAUCGAGGGGCUAAAAGCCACAGUCGAGAAAUCGCAAAAUACAGUUGAAGAAGUGCGGACCAAAUUGACGGAAGAGGAAAAUGCGCGUUCAUCUCUUGAAAGUGAACUGCAAAACCUGAAAUCCUCCUCCACGACCUCUAAUUCCGAGGUAGAAACGCUGAGAACUCGAAUAGCCUCGCUCGAAUCUGCCAACCGCGACACUGUUGCUGUACUCGAGUCAAAGACUACUGCGAAUGAUAGUAUUUCCCAAGAACUGCAGAAACAACACCAGAAGGGCUUGGAGCUUAGCCAGCAAAUCACAACUCUCCAGCAGUCUGUGCAGAAUGCGACCUCUGCAGCAUCCAGUGCCAAGUUCCGCGAGCAAUCCCUCAAGCAAGAAGUUGAACUGGCCAAACGAAACUCCGAGUGGUUUGAAAAUGAGCUGAAGACGAAAAGUGCGGAGGCCCUGAAGUAUAGAAAGGAGAAGGGAGCUAGACUUGCCGAACUUCAACGACUGAACGAAGAUGCUAAUUCUAAUCUCGAAGCGGCAAAGAGGACUGAGCAGGCACUGAGGAAUAGACUAGACGAGGUUCAGAAGAAGGCUGAAGACUCCCUCGCUAAAACCCAACAACUUCAGGAAGCCGCUGCGAAGACUGAAGAGGGGUUCCGACAAGAAUUAGAAAGCGCACGCCGAUUAGCAGAACUUCAGACUCAACAAUCCGAGACACACCGUAACAGGCUCAAGGAGGUUGAGGCAGAACUCGAAAAAGCAAAGGACGAUGCAGCUGAGGAUGUUGGCAGAUGUCGGCAGGAAGCUGAGGCAGAACGGCAAGACCGCGAGCAGGCAGAGCAUCGCAUCGCAGAGUUGGAGGCGGAGGUUGAUCGAUUGGAGGCUCUAGUGUCACAACCCCGAAAUGGCUCAAUGCCCGGAACACCACGUGCAGGUCUCAAUGGUUCGGCCUUUGGAAGAUCUGGAUCACCAGCACAGUUUGGUACACCGGGAUCUGUUCGUAGCAAGUCCGCUAUUACAGCGACGCAGGCCAUUGACGAGCUCUACAAGGUUAAGGGACAGCUUAAUAAUGAGAAGCGACGGAGUGAGCGUCUCACCGCUGAGAUGGAGGAAAUGAUGCAGGGACUGGAAGCUAAGCAACCCGAGAUUGAAGAAAUGCAGGCUGAGCAUGAACGUCUGCAACAGGAAGUGGUCGAAAUGUCCAAAUUCGUAGACCAAACGGGCAAGGAGAGAGAUCGUGCGAAGAAGGACCUAAGGAAGGCUGAGAGCGAAGCUUCCACGGCCCAAGCAGAAUCCAACAUUCUUCGUCAGCAACUGCGCGAUCUAAGCGCGCAGAUCAAGAUGCUAUUGUGCGAUCUGGAUGCUCGAGAAAGAGGGAUUGAUGUAUUAAGUACUGCAGAACGAUCGCAACUUGAACGUCUAGCCCGUGGAGAGGUUAGCGAGGAGGCCUUGGAAGGCCUGACCGAUACCGAUCGAUUCAUCAGCCAACGCCUUACGAUUUUCCGAAGCGUCAGUGAUCUCCAGGAGAAGAACCAGGAACUUCUUAAGAUUACGAGACAAUUAGGUGCGCAGAUGGAAAGUGAAGAGGCAUUGUCAGCUAAGCACCAGGCCGCGAAGGAUCAUGAAGAAGUCCAGAGCCUUCAGACUAAGAUCGAAAAUUACAAGGACGAGCUUCAGUCCAUGAUCACCCGGUCUGAAAGCUACAUCAAGGAGAGGGAUAUGUUCCGACGCAUGUUACAACAUCGCGGUCAACUGCCACCCGCUUCUGAUCUAGCAUCUAUGUUCGGUCAGUCUGUUGACGGACAUCAGAACGGCCUUGUACAAACCAUCGAGCAAACCCCCGGCAACAGCACCAAUUACGCAGCUGUAUUGAGAGAAUUGCAAACACAAUUUGACCAAUACAGGGAGGAACAGACCAUUGACCGCCGUGCGAUGAAGGACCAAGCCGAGAAGCUCUCGUCAGACAAAGGCGCUCUGCAAGCAGAAAUUGCCAAAACAAGCAGUCAACUUGCCUUUGCUAAUGAGCGUUAUGAGAUGCUUCAAUCCAAUUAUACCAUGCUGCAAAACGAAAAUAGCGAGUUGCAAAAGCGGUCGCAGACUCUUUCAGAGUCAGCUGCCAAGCAAGAUCUCCGAACGCAGCAAGUAGCUGAGGAUUUGAUAGAGGCUAAAGGUCAGCUUGAGGGCAUGCGCAAUGAGAAUGCCAAUCUCAAGGCAGAAAAGAAGCUGUGGAAAGACAUCCAGGAUCGUCUGAGCCAAGACAACGAAGGAUUGAUGAACGAGCGGACACGCUUGAACAACUUAAUUGCGAAUCAGCAAACACUCCAGAACGAGCGUGAGCUGUCGGACUCGGAGACUCGGCGAAGAUUGCAAACCCAAGUUGAAUCUUUGGAGGCGGAGCUGUCAACAACAAAGCGCAAACUCAGCGACGAGGUUGAGGAUAACAAAAAGGCUCAACUACGCAAAGAGUACGAUUCCCAGCAAAAUCAAAAACGCAUUGACGACCUUGCAAGCAGCCUCAGCCAAGUGCGUGAAGAGCUGGUAGCUGCAAAGACUACUCGAGACCACCUUCAAUCAAGAGUUGAUGAGCUCACCAUUGAGCUGAAGAGUGCUGAAGAGCGGGUGGAACUACUCCAACCGCGACCCACGCCUAGAUCUACUGCCGUUGUAACUAAUGGAGAUGCCCCUGCAGAGGAGGCGCUCAACAGGGAGCAAGAACUGUCAAUUGAGAUAUCUGAAUUGAAGCGAGAUCUUGACCUUUUGAAGUCGGAACUUGAGAGCACCAAGAGUCAGAUGGAGCAGUACAAAUCUAUCGGUCAAUCUGCGGAGGAAGAAUUGCAGAGUCUCAAUUCAACGCAAGACCAGUAUCGUGAAGAGAUGGAUAGCAUCAUGGAGGGAAAAGACUCCAAAAUAAUAGAGCUGCAGCAACGCAUUGACGACAUCUCGGCUGAGCUUACCACUACCAACAAUGAAUUAACCACUUUGCGUAACCAACAGGCCGAGGUAGCGAGGCAAGGCGAAGAAGAGAAAGCUAUUCUCGAGCAAGAGAUUGUGCGGCUAAAGGACGUGGAAGAGAGGUAUACAAGUGCAGCAAUAUUUCACCAACAGGACCUUCGUGCUCAAGCAGCAAUUGCCACAAAAGCUCAGCAAGAUUACGAGAACGAAUUGGUCAAGCAUGCGGAGGCCGCUAAGCAACUCCAGAAUCUCCGUUCUGAGCAUAACCAGCUGAAGUCAGAGUCCGCAGCGCUCAAGGCCGAUGCUGAAUCCUCCCGUGUUGCCUUGAGCCAAAGUGAAAGCUCGUGGGAGGAGCGCCGAGAACACUUUGAGCAAGAACUGAAGGAAAUAAGGACAAGGCGGGACGAUGUCAACGCCCAGAACAAGCUUCUUCACCAACAACUCGAGAACGUUGGCUCUCAAAUCUCAGCUCUCCAGCAAAGUCGAUCCUCAGUCGUCGAUACUACCGAAGCCGGGUCUCCCGAAGGAGAUGCCACUUAUGAUCGCACUGCUGACGGACUUCGAGAGCUCAAUGCGUUCUUGAGACGCGAGAAAGAAAUCAUAGAAGUACAAUUCGAGCUCAAACUUCAAGAAUCCAAGCGUUUACAACAACAGCUUGAAUACACCCAAUCACAACUUGACGAGAGCAGACUCAAGCUGGACCAAGAACGCCGUGCUCACGCAGAUGGAGGUCGAAGCGCUGUUGCACAUAAAGACCUCAUGAAGAAGCUGGAAGACCUCAAUUUGUUUCGGGAAAGCAGCAUUACUUUGCGAAAGGAAGCUCGCGACGCCCAGGCACAACUAGGUGAAAAGACCCAGCGCGUCGAAGAACUCUUGGAGCAAAUCCAGCCCCUUGAAAACAAGAUCAGGGAGCUCGAGCAUGGCAAGGAGACCACAGACGGAGAAAUGCGUUUACUCCAGGAGGAUCGUGACCGAUGGCAGAAGCGGACUCAGGAUAUUAUUUCCAAGUAUGAUCGCAUCGACCCCGCAGAGAUGGAACAACUCAAGGAAACCAUCGAAGCCUUGAAAACUGAGCGAGACACUUUACUUGAAGAGAAGCAACCUCUGCAUGAUCAGAUGCAGGGUCUGGAAGCUGAGAAAGCGACUUGGCAGCAGUCACGUCAACGUCUAAUCGAUCAAGCCAAGGAGAGAUCACGGAUCCAAACCAAGGAGAAGAACGAUAGAACUGCGGAGAGAGAUGCUGUGAUUCAAGAAAAAGAAGCACUCCAGGAACAACUUUCCAGUCUCCAGCAGCAGCUCGAGACGGCUAUUAGUGAAAAGAAUACCGCAGAGCAGAAGCUUACUUCCCUCAGCCAAGAAAUUGAAACUGUCAAGUCUGAGCGAGACCGAGCUUUGGCAAGUGUUUCUCAGUCUUCGCCUAGCCAGGCUCCUGUUGAAACCACGACUGAGCAGCCCAAUAAUGAGGCCUUCGAACAACAGCUCACUGAGCUCCGGAAGAAGCUUGACGAAGUCACCGAGGAGAAGGCCUCCCUCGAGACUCAACUUAUCGACCUGCGACAGCAGCUUGAGAAGGCCAAUUCUGAGCGAGACAUUGCCAGCGCCGACUCCGCAGAGGCCCGAUCAAGACAUAUUACAGGUGCCUCCGAGCAUUCUACGGAAAAUGGCAAUGAGGAAGGUCAAAUUGAUGAGACUCCCAAGACCACUCUUCCAGAAGACGAGAGGGAAGCCCUUAAAGAACGUAUUUCCACCGCCGAGGCCAAGGCCAGGGAGCAAGAAGAGAAGGCUACCAAGAUUGAAGAGCAGAUGGAAAUCACACUCAAGGCUCGAUCUGACAAAAUGAAAACAGCACUUAAUAAGAAGCUCGGAGAGAUCCGCGAAGCCCAGAAGAAGGAGCUAGAGUCUGAGUAUCAGUUGAAGCUUGAGCAGGAGAAGCAGAUAUGGCUCGCAGAAUCCAAAACUGUCAAUACAGCCCCACCGCUUACAGUUUCCACCGCUCAGCCUACUUCGACUGAAGAUGUGUCUACUGUGGCGCCGCCAACCCCAGCAGCAGCACCUGGAACUCCUUCAACACCAAGCCAUAAGCCAACACCCGCGAUUGUCCCAACUAGUGGCUUGACCGAUGCACAGGUUCGCGAACUACUAUCGAGUAACCCCACCGUCAAGGCAAUUCUUGCCAACAAUGUCAAGAAGAAGCUCGAAGCGGAGACAUUAAAACUCAAGGAAAAAUUCGAUAAACAAAUUACCGAGGCACAAGAGAAGGCAGAGAAAGACCAAAAGCAGGCCGUAGUCUUGGCAGAGAAGAAGUCUGUGUUAAAACUAAACAUGACGGAAAACAGGAUCAAGGCUGCAACCGGCAAGCUUGUCAUUGUCGAGACUGCUGCUAAGGAUACACCUCAGAAGGCAGUAUCGGAAGUUUGGGAGAUCGCCAAGAAUUUCAAAUUUGUAGCGGCAGUGCCUGUGCCAGCUACAGUUACAGAACCUGUCAGUCAGCUAAAUGGCGCCCCAACAUCAGCGAAGCCAGAGGUCAAGACCGAAAUCACUAUUGCGGCUGAGCCUCAAGAUGCUCCACAACAGUCAAGCGUCCCAGCGGCCGCAAAUGGCACGACACCCCCUGUUCCUGCAAGUAGUAUCCCAACUGCUUCUCAGCCGAAUAGCAAUGGUGCUCGAGCAUCCGGAAUUCCAACCAGAGGUGGCGCGGGUGGUGGCCGUGGUAUCCGUGGAGGGGGUCAACCAUACCAACCAGUACGUGGGGGGGCCGCUGGCAGAGGCAGAGGAGGGUUUUCAGGACAGAGAGGUGGAAUGAAUGCCGGUGCACAAUCAUUCAGCCCUUCGGGACAACCCACUGGCAUGAAACGACCUCGUGAGGAAGGCUCUAUUGGAGGACAGGGAAAUGCAGGGAAGAGGGCUCGGGGUGGUGGACAAAAUAAUUAG